AUGCCAGAUGAUGCGCAGCCAGAGAAGAAACGUAAAGCACAUAAGGCGUCUGGAUCUGCAGCACCUCAGACGCCUCCCAAGCAGAUCGAGAAGAAGCUGAUGCCGUCGAACCCCAACAUGUACAAAAAGGCCACUCGAGGUAUGCCAAGAUUUGACUUAGUUUCACAUGGGGAUACCUUGACAGGCGAAAGUUUCGUCGGGAUCGAAGGAAACCUCGAAGGUGCCGAAGGACAAUGGUUGAUGAUGGAGGGAUCGGCUGCGCAACCUCCGGCAUCGCCGGAACAGGUGGAAAUGGAUCUCUUGGAGGUGGAGGUGGAGGAAGAUCACGUCCCGUGUUUCCUGCUGGUCGUGAGCAAGCCGGACCCUGAACUCCUAUUGAGAUACGAGGCAUUGGCGAUGGAACUGAUGGAGUUCCAAAAUUUCCACCUGGCUGUGGACAAUGGAGGAGAGAAGUGGAAGGAUCUUCCAGGCACCCGGCCCUCCAUCCAUUUCAUCGCCAACAAGGAACUGCAUCUUGAAGCACCGCCUUUCGAGUUGGCCUUCGACCAGGAUUUAAUGAGACCCUGGGUGAUUAUCAGUUCUUUGCCAACAGUGCGUCAUCAAAUCAACUUUUAUAUGUGGGAAUUGAUCCCUAUAGGUUGGUCCGUGGUAGUCCUCCGUCACCACGGCGACCACGAUGCCGUGGAGCGCUUCCAAGAACGCACGAAGGCGAUGCGCGAAGCCUUACGCUAUUCCUUUGUGCAUUUGGACGUCUCCACUGAAUCCGGAAAUGGUUUUGCCAUGACCUUCUUUCCUUUAAUCGCUGCCUAUUGGGAAGACUACAUUCCCUAUUUCACAGACGUUCAAGAUCCGCGCAUCUUUGUUUUUACCAAAACUCACGCCGAUGGCACGCUCUACUGGGACUCCCACUACAUUGACUUUCCAAGUCCCGAUGACUUCCAGUUGGAGGACGUGGAUCAACUGAUGCGAAAAAGCCCGGCGCUGGAUCCAAUCGACUUCGCGGAGUGGCCGCAUUGGUUUCUGCGCUACGAACGCUUCGGGGGACGCUCUUCGGUGCACCGCGCGAUAUGGUUGUGCGCUCCGUUCGUGUCUUUCUAUUUGUUCCUUUACUUCAGCCUUUGGUUCUUUUUCUUCGUCCGGGCGAUUCAAGAAAGUGGUCUCUUUUCGCUGUUUUCGCUGUCCGGGAAAGCGAGCCAGGCUGCGCCGGAAAGAGUCAAGAAGCCCAAGAAGGGCAAAAAGAACAGAUGAGAGCCAGUCAGACCGUCGCGUGGGUCUCGAUUCAUGGGGGUGUCCUAAGUUAUAGAGACU